AUGCCUGGAGCUAAGCUUGCCCAGAGUCCAGAGGAAGGGGACGUGUGCAUUACUGAAGCCCUUAUCAUUAAGCGGAACUUGACCUUCCCUGAGGAUGAGGAUCUGUCAGAGAAGAUGUUUCACACCAUUGCUGAACUACAGACUGUCCGCCUGGACCGGGAGGGGAUCACCACUAUCAGAAACCUAGAGAGCCUCCAGAACCUUCACAGCCUCUAUCUGCAAGCGAAUAAGAUCCAGCGAAUUGAGAACCUGGCCUGCGUCCCCUCCUUGCGCUUCCUGUCUCUAGCAGGAAACCGAAUCAGGCAGGUGGAAAACCUCCGUGACCUCCCAUACCUCCAGUUUCUGGACCUUUCUGAGAACCUGAUAGAAAAACUGAAACUGGAUGAAUUCCCCCAGAGCCUUCUCAUCCUCAACCUGACUGGAAACAGCUGCACCAGCCAGGAAGGCUACAGGGAACUGGUGACAGGAGCCCUGCCGCUGCUCAUGGACCUGGACAAGCAGCCUGUGUUGGAGCGCUGGGACUCGGAUGACGAGGAUAAAGCCUCGGAUGAAGAGUUCCCAGAGCUGAGUGGCCCAUUCUGCUCAGAGCGAGGCUUCCUCAAGGAGCUGGAACAGGACAUGAGCAGGCACAAGGAGCACAGACAGCAGGCAGCCCUGACGGAGCACCGUCUGAGAAUGGAGACACAGCCCACCCUCACGGAGCUCCCCCAGCUGCCCAGGAGGUCCCUGGAUGGGGACAGCAGCCCUUCCGUCACUCCCAGGCAGGGGAAGGAGACACCCCAUGAGUCUGCCUCCUUGCCACAAGCCUCCUCUGCCACUACCAAAUUGUGCCCUCCGAUUUGCAGGGGCCCCCAAAACACUGUCCAGGCAAGGAAGGCAGUCAGAGCAGCUGGAGCCCCCAAGGCCUCUGUGGCUAGGGCCCCCAGCACCACCAAAACUAUGACCAGAAAAAUCAAGAAGUGAAGUGCAGCCCUCCCCUGUCAGCAAAGCCACAGGAACAGGACUGGGCAAGAACAA